UAAUUAAAUGAACUAUUAAAGAUACUAAACUAAAACCAAUUUAGUGGAAAAAAUGUGUCAUAAUGAAAUUUUUAUUCAACUGUUAUCAAUAACUAAUUAGAACAAAUUUCUUGAAUUUUUUAAUUAACAAAUAUAAAAAGAGCCUGCUGUGAAAUCUUAAAAUUAAUAAUAUACUGCUAAAGACAUACAACACCUUACAACUCUACAAACAACAUGGCAGUCAAUUGGCGUGAAUUGUUUCCCACGAAACUUACAUUUCUAAUAUUUAUACUAUACAUGUCCUUGUUCAUAGGACAAGGAAUUUUUGUUACGGCUUCACAAGAAUCAAACAAUUCAUAUAGUUAUAAUACUGUCACAGUUGUUUUGUUAACAGAAGUUCUAAAACUUAUCGUUUCCGCUACACUAUACUGUCGAGAAAACAACUUGACCUCAUUAGUGAAAGAUGUUCGCAAGGAUUCCAAUGUUAUGAUGUUAUACUUUGUUCCAGCUUUCUUGUAUUGUUUGUACAAUAAUUUGGCAUUUGUUAAUCUAUCAACUUUCGAUCCCACCACAUAUUAUUUGCUACUGCAGUUAAGAGUGGUCAUCACGGGAGUUCUAUUUCAAAUAAUCUUUAAAAAAUAUCUCUCACAACGUCAAUGGAUAUCGUUAGUACUUCUUACUGCAGGUUGCAUGUUAAAACAAUUAAAUUUCAGUGGUAUAUAUGGUACAGUAGAUGACGAAGAAUCAAACAAAUCAAUUACCAAAACUUCGGAAGAUGUGCAAGUUCAAUCAAUUAUGAGUGGAAAAAAUAUGAAUGGUUUUGAUUUUAGUAUUUCUGCCGUACUGAUCUUAGCACAAACGAUAUUCUCCUGUUUAGCUGGUGUAUACAAUGAGUAUUUGCUAAAGGACAAGGGAUCCGAUGUGAAUAUAUUUGUGCAGAAUGUUUUCAUGUAUCUCGAUUCAAUUGUCUGCAAUGUAGUGAUAUUAUUAAUUAAGGGUGAAUUAUUUUCAGCUUUUACCGCAGAUAGUUUAACAGCUAUAUUUCGUUUUAAAGUUAUAAUUAUCAUUAUAAAUAACGCUGCUAUUGGCAUCGUUACGAGUUUCUUUUUAAAAUAUAUGAAUUCUAUAUUAAAAACAUUUGCCAGUGCCUUGGAGUUAAUGUUUACAGCAGUAUUGUGUUAUUUCCUGUUCUCUAUACCGAUCUAUAUUAAUACGGCCCUGGCUAUUGCCGUCGUAUCAUAUGCUAUAUAUCUGUAUACACAAAGCCCUGUUGUCAAUUUGGGCAAAGUACGACCAAUAAAUAGUCUAAGUGAGGCAAAUGCGACUAAUGGCACUUCAUUGGAGAAACGAAAAUUUUUAGAUUCUGAAGGUGAUACAGAUUUAGAAAUGGAUAUGGUGUAGUGUAAAACAAUGUUUGUGUAGUAAAUAUUAAUAUAGAAAUUUGUGUUAAUUUUAAAUAUUUUAUCAGUUUCCUAAUUUAGUAAUUAUAAUUUCUUGUAAAUGUUCUUUUUUUAUAUACUACAUAUUAAUUAUUUUUAAGAAAUCAUUUUCAAGGCUAAAAAUAUAAUUGUGUAAACAUUAAUUUUUAACUAAAUAUAUGUAUGUAUUUUUAACUUUUAACAUUUCUAUUAAACAGAAAAAGUACUGAA